AUGACCGACUGGCUCUAUUGGAUUCUAAUUUUCCUAUUCUUUGCCGGAUCACUUUUCCUACUUCACAUUCCACUUCCACAUGAUAUUUCGGAUCGAUCAAAAUUGGCAGUCGCUGAGUUUUUGCUCCGAAUGUCUAAUGAAUAUUUCGGAGAUUUGGUAGAAAAUCUAUUCGGAAGUGUGGUUCGAAACAAAUUGAGCAGAUUUAUUUUGAAAAUUGGAUUUUUGAUGCCACCAAAAGAGCCGAUGGAGAUCAAAGUGAGUUUCACCCAAAAAAAAUAUAUAAUACGUUUCCAGAAAUUGUGUAAUCAAAUAUUUUUUUCAGCGCCGUGAAGUAAAGAUUGGAGGAGUUCCUUGCAUUACUUAUGAAGUAGCCAAUAGAAAAUCAGAUGGUCUUCUUGUUUUCAUUCAUGGUGGAGGUUGGUGUGUUGGCGAAGCAGCUUACUAUGAUGACUGCCUUUAUAAAAUGCUCCUUAAGUUGCGUAUGAAUGGAGUAUCAAUUGAUUAUCGAUUGGCACCAGAACAUCCAUUUCCAGCUGGUUUAGAUGAUUGUGAAUCUGUCAUCCUCUCAUUAUACCACAAUGGCUGUGAAAAUCUUGAAUUCAAUCGCAAUAAAAUUAUUGUCCAAGGAGAUUCCGCUGGAGGAAAUCUUACUGCAACAGUUUGUCAAAGACUUCAUCGCAAAAAUGAGAAAUUCGUCAAAGCUCAAGUGUUGAUCUAUCCGGUUACUCACGUCUUCAACUUCAAUUCUCCAUCAUAUCAAGAAUACUGGAAGAAAUAUUCUGGAACUGCACUUCUGAAUCCAAAACAUAUGGCUAGAUGGAUUCUGUUGUAUCUUGGCCUUGAAUGUAAUAAAAAGACUAUCAAAAAGCUUUUAAACUCUCAACAUUUAGACGCGUAAGUUUUCAUUAAACUUCACAUUAAUAAACUAUAAAUUUUUAUUUUUCAGUGACUUCGAGAAUAGUGAAACAUAUCAAGAAUUGCUUCAUUAUGACAAAUUGCCUGAAAAAUUCAAAAAUGAUCAUACUGUUCGUGCUCGAAGAGAUGUUGAUUCUGAAUUGGCUGCCAAAUUCCAAAAAGUUGCAACUAACCCAGACUGCAGUCCAAUCUUCGGAGACUGUCAUGGAUUACCCCCAGCAUUGGUUUUGACCGCUGGAUAUGAUGUUUUGAGGUAAGAACUAACUAUUCUAUAGAUAAUCAGAUCAAUAAUCCUAAUAUUUUUCAGAGAUGAAGGUAUUCAAUAUGCUCAAAAACUUGAAAACUCGGGUGUGAAAACAAAAUGGAUUCAUUUCCCACGCGCUUAUCACGGUCUCUUCAAUAUGCCAAAUAGUGAAGAUCGGCUCGAAAUGAUGCAUGAAAUUGUUAAUUUUAUGAGCUUCCACAUUUAG